AUGUGUGGCAUCACAUCGGCUAGAGAUGCAGAAAUGGCUGUAAAGGCAGGAGCUGAACUUAUAGGCAUGAUACUGUGGCCCAACUCUAAACGCUCUGUCUCUUUGUUGGAGGCAAAAGAAAUAUCAAGAGUUGCACAAUCUUAUGGUGCUGAAUCAGUUGGUGUCUUUGUGGAUGAUAAUGAAGAUACAAUACUACGAGUGUCUGAUUCAUGCGACCUUAACUUUGUCCAGCUUCAUGGUGAUGAAUCUCGUGCAUUGGUUCAUACUCUUUCAAAGAACAAUCGUAUCAUUUAUGUACUAAAUGCUGAUGACAAUGGAAAACUAAUCAACGCUCCUGAUAUGGAAUAUGAACUUGAUUGGUACUUAGUGGACAGUGCAAAAGGCGGAAGUGGAAGGGGAUUCAAUUGGCAGAAGUUCCAAAUGCCGUCUGUCAAAAGCAAGAAUGGAUGGCUGUUAGCUGGAGGGCUUCAUGCAGAUAAUGUCUGUGAAGCCUUUUCUGCUCUGAAGCCAAAUGGUGUUGAUGUUAGCAGUGGCAUAUGUGCUCCUGAUGGUAUCCAAAAAGAUGCAGACAGGAUUGAUUCCUUCAUAAGCAAUGUAAAAUCCCUGAACUUCCUAUCAUAA